UUUUUGGGGUUUAAUUAAACAGUAUGGUGCGGAGACUGAGUGAUGCAUUUGAGUGAAUUCUGAAAAUGGCGUCGUUUUGGCUGGUCUCUCGAGCUUCGCGUAGGUUUCUGAAACCUUCACAUUCUUCCUCCCGCACCCUAUUUGCAGUUUCUUCUACUUACCAAUUAACCACCACCACCACCACCUCGAAAAAUCCUAAUCCUAACCCUUAUGCCAACGCAACCCUGUUGGGCCCAUUCACCCAAAGGCACCGUUGGACUCCCAGUUGCGUCGAAUUUGAUCUCAGACUCCUAGCGCACAUCUCCAGCUCGUCUUCAUCUACAGGCGCCAAGAACGACGGAAAUCGGGCCAGCAAUGACGCCAAGGUUGAAGUUGAGGCUUCUUGGAUCGACUUGUAUUUGCCGAGACAAGCUCGCCCUUAUGCGAAGCUCGCUCGCCUCGACAGGCCCAUUGGCACCUGGUUGCUCGCAUGGCCUUGUAUGUGGUCAAUAACAUUGGCAGCAUGCCCUGGACACCUUCCUGAUAUUAAGAUGAUGACACUAUUUGGAUGUGGGGCUCUGCUCUUAAGGGGCGCUGGAUGCACCAUAAACGAUCUCCUUGACCGGGAUAUUGAUACCAUGGUAGAACGUACAAAGUUGCGGCCAGUUGCAAGUGGUCUUUUGACUCCUUUUAAGGGGCUUUGUUUUCUUGGAUUUCAAUUGCUUUUGGGUCUUGGAAUUCUCCUCCAACUGAAUAAUUAUAGCCGCGUUUUGGGGGCUUCAUCGUUGUUGCUAGUUUUCUCGUAUCCUCUCAUGAAGAGGUUGACAUUCUGGCCCCAAGCCUAUCUAGGUUUGACCUUUAAUUGGGGAGCUUUAUUAGGAUGGGCUGCUGUUAAAGGAAGCAUUGAUCCAGCUAUAGUGCUCCCAUUGUACCUUUCUGGAGUUUUCUGGACGCUUGUGUAUGAUACGAUAUACGCACAUCAGGAUAAGGAAGAUGAUCUGAAAGUAGGUGUUAAGUCUACAGCAUUGAGAUUUGGUGAUUCAACUAAGGAGUGGAUUACUGGGUUUGGAAUUAUGUGCAUCAGCAGUCUUGCCCUCAGUGGAUAUAAUGCUGAAAUUGGGUGGCCAUACUAUGCAUUUUUGGCGGCUGCAUCUGGACAAUUAGCUUGGCAGAUAUGGACUGCCGACCUUUCAUCCCGAGUUGAUUGCAACAGAAAAUUUGUGUCGAACAAGUGGUUUGGUGCUAUUAUUUUCAGUGGAAUCCUUUUCGGAAAACUUUCAUCAUAGGGGUAAAGGUUACUUUUGGAGUAGUUACUUCCAACCUUGGGGUACUCCUAUUAUGGGCUAUGUCUUGAAUCAAGUUUAAAUGAUUUAUGGGAUACUGCUUGUGGAAUUUUUGAGGAAGUUGCCAGAUUAAAUAAGUGGAGGCUGCAAGAUAGUUGAUAUGCGGCACCCGAAGUACAACAAUGAAGGAUAUGAAUAUUGUCUUUACUAUCUGUGGUGGAGAGAUGAGUAUACUCUAAAAUAGACCCCUUUUUUAGUAGGGGCAGAACAAUUUUGGCUAACAUAGGCGUCAAUGUUGUAACAUUCUUCUUUUUAGUAUGUGGGGGAUAUUGUUGUAAGACCGUUAUUUCCAGUUAACAUAUUGUUUGAUUUAAA